AAACGCUUCGUGGCAACGCUGACCUCUGAAAAUGCUGAAACCGACGCUGUUGGCAGCCCUGUUAGCUGUUGCUGCGGCACAGACUGCAGUCAACCAGUUUCCGGAAGGUUUCCUUCUAGGGACCGCCACAUCUGCUUACCAGAUCGAAGGAGGGUGGAAUGAAGAUGGCAAGGGCGAGAACAUCUGGGACUACAUGCUCCACGAACAUCCGGAGUACGCUACGAAUGGUGACAACGGCGACGUGGCCUGCGACUCGUACCACAAGUACCAGGAGGACGUGCAGAUGGUGAAGACACUCAAUGCGGAAGUGUACCGCUUCUCCAUCUCCUGGGCGCGCAUCCUGCCCACUGGAGACCUUGACGUCAUCAACCAGCAAGGCAUCGACUACUACAACAACCUCAUCGACGAGCUGCUGGCAAACGGAAUCCAGCCCAUGGUGACGAUGUACCACUAUGACCUACCGCAAGCACUGCAGUACAUCGGUGGAUGGCCAAACCCACUCCUCGCCGACUAUUUCGUGGAGUACGCCAGAGUGCUGUUUGAAAACUUCGGAGACAGAGUGAAGUGGUGGAUCACGUUCAACGAGCCGGCAGUCUUCACCGGUGGCUACGCCUCUUCUGGCGGUCAGGCGCCCUCGCAGAACGCGUCUGGAAUUGGCGACUACCUGGCCUCCCACACCGUGAUCAGGGCCCAUGGACUCGUCUAUCGCCUGUACGACGAACAGUACAGGGCCACGCAAAAUGGCAGCGUAGGAAUCACGCUGAGUAUCGGGGGAAGUGAACCGGCAUCAAAUUCGACAGAAGACUUGGAAGCCGCAGACCGACAGCUACAGUUUGAUGCUGGACUCUACGCACACCCCAUCUACAGUCAGGACGGCGACUACCCAGCUGUAGUGCGUCAGAGGGUAGAUGCAAACAGUGCAGCAGAGGGGCGACCCCGAUCACGGUUGCCAACUUUCACUCAAGACGAGAUCGCAUACAUCAGGGGUUCAUCCGACUUCUUUGGAGUGAAUCAUUAUUUCACGAGUAUCAUAACGUCAGGUGAAGCUGGAAUAUCCCCAUCCAAGAGCAGAGACUCGGGCGUCAUCAGUGUCGGCGGUGGGCAAUAUCCAUGGGGAUUCCGCAACCUGCUGAACUGGAUCGCUAACGAAUACCCAGGUUAUCCAAUCAUAGUGACAGAAAACGGCUUGGGAAAUUCUGGUGGCCUCAAUGACACCGACAGAAUCGAUUACUAUACGUCUUACUUAACGGCUCUUCUACAAGCUGCCAACACAGACGGCAUACCAGUAAUCGGCUACACUGCAUGGAGUCUUAUGGACAAUUUGGAAUGGAACAGUGGAUUCACAGUAAAAUUCGGGCUGUACGAGGUGGAUUUCGACAGCCCUAACAGAACCAGGACGCCGAAGGCUUCUGCAGGUGUCAUAUCGCAGAUCUACGAGAGCAGAGAGGUGCCUCAAGAGUACUUCCGCUACAGUCUUGUCUGAACUUGUUGCUACCACUUUACGUGACUGUCUGUAAUGGUGAAAUAAAUGACUCUGGCUAACAUAA